AUGUCCAUCAUCACGAGCAGUAGGGGACGCAAUAGGAGCAGGAAAUCGGCGCAUGCGCUGGGGCUCCCUAUCACGUCGAUAGAGACGGAGUUCUGCUUCAACGUCAGCCUUGCAACCCCUUCCUCCUUCACCGAGGCCAACAAGAAGAUGGUGGAGUGGUGUCUGAAGGAGGGAGGGCACAAGAUCGGGCCCAACAGCUUCCUGUCAGCCGCGAGCAACCAGAUGAUCGUCGAGGUUGGCCCCAGGAUGAACUUCACGACAGCCUGGUCGACCAACUGCGUGUCUGUGUUGCAAGCAGCUGAGAUCCAUGGGGUCCCGCGCGUCGAGCGAUCCAGACGCUUCCUCGUGACCUCGAGCACGGCGUUGACCGCUGAUCAGAAGCUCAUCUUCAUCUCCAUCAUCCAUGACCGCAUGACCGAGAUGGUGUACCCGGAGCCCCUCAAGACUUUCGAGACAGGCAUCACGCCGAAGCCAGUCAAGUGGAUCCCGGUGAUGAAGGAGGGAAGGAAGGCGCUCGAGGCGAUCUCAGCUGAGCUCGGGCUGGGGUUUGACGACUGGGACUACGAGUACUACCUGGACCUUUACAAGAACGAGCUCAAGAGAGACCCGUCGGAUGUUGAGCUCUUCGAUCUUGCGCAGUCCAACUCGGAGCACUCGAGACACUGGUUCUUCGGCGGCAUCAUGAAGAUCGACGGGGAGGCCAAGGACGAGAGCCUCUUUCGUAUCGUCAAGGACACGCUGGAAAAGAACCCGAACACCAACAAGAACAGCAUCAUCGCCUUCGCUGACAACAGCUCCUCCAUCAUCGGAGCCAAAGUUCACGCCCUCACACCCGCAUACAACGUGGACAAGUCGCUGCAGGCAGGAGCCCCGUGUCCUCUCGUGGAUCACGAGAUCGAGAUGGACUUGAUCUACACAGCCGAGACUCACAAUAUGCCUACUGGCGUCUGCCCCUUCGCUGGAGCGGAGACAGGGACAGGAGGUCGUCUGAGGGACGUGAUGGCGACUGGCAUCGGAGCGCACUACAUUGCGGGAACCAUCGGGUACUGCGUUGGAGCUCUCAACAUGCCGGGCACCAGCUUUGCCUAUGAGGAUGCUCAUGCUCUCUAUCCCCCCACCCUCGCCAAACCCCUCGACAUUCUCAUCGAGGGAUCCAACGGCGCGAGCGACUAUGGCAACAAGUUCGGAGAGCCCCUGAUUGCUGGUUUCACGCGUUCCUUUGGCAUGCGGACUGCAGGAGGAGAGAGGAGGGAGUGGAUAAAGCCCAUCCUCUUUACUGGCGGCUUCGGUCAGAUGGACGCUCGUCACAGGAAGAAGGGAACGCCGGAGGUGGGGAUGAAAGUCCUCAAGUUCGGAGGCCCCGCGUAUCGCAUCGGCAUGGGAGGAGGAGCAGCGAGCAGCAUGGCGUUUGGUGACCAGAGCGCGGACCUUGACUUCAAUGCCGUCCAGCGAGGAGAUGCUGAGAUGGAGCAGAAGAUGAACCGAGUGAUGCGAGCAUGCAUCGAGCUCGGAGAAAGGAACCCGAUCGUCUCGCUUCACGACCAGGGAGCAGGAGGAAACUGCAACGUGUGCAAGGAGAUCAUCGAGCCGGUCGGAGGAAAGAUCAACAUCCGAGACGUGGUGGUCGGAGACAACACCAUGUCCGUCCUUGAGAUCUGGGGCGCGGAGUACCAGGAGAACAACUGUGCACUGGUGCGUGCUGAGAGCAUGCCGACCAUCGAGAAGAUCUGCGAGAGAGAGCGAUCGGGAUGGUGCUGUGUCGGCGAGGUCACGGGAGAUGGCAGAUGCGUCGUCGUUGACAGCCAGGACGGCAGCACCCCCGUCGACCUCCCACUGGAGAAGGUGCUGGGGAAACUUCCUCCCAAGACCUUCGUCUCAAACCACUCCGACAUCAUCCCCGCUGCCGAUCCUCCCUCCGUCAUGCAGGCGCUCCUCUCCCGCUCGGGCACGGAAGUCCUCUCUUCCACCAUCCGCUCCGUGCUCUCCACCGUCACCGUCGGCUCGAAGAGAUUCCUCACCAACAAGGUGGACAGGAGCGUCACGGGCCUCAUUGCCCAGCAGCAGUGCGUUGGUCCCCUCCUUACCCCCCUCGCCGACUGUGCCGUCGUUGCGCAUUCCCACCUGACAAGGGACGGGGAGGCUGUCAAGGGAGGAGUGACGGCGAUCGGAGAGCAGCCGAUCAAGGGGCUCCUGAGCGGAGCAGCCAACGCUCGCAUGUCGGUGGCAGAGGGCGUGACCAACUUGGUCUGGGCCAAGGUGACAGCGCUGGAGGAUGUGAAGGCAGAGGGCAACUGGAUGUGGGCGGCAAAGCUGCCAGGGGAGGGAGCUCUGAUGUACGAUACUGCCGUAGCCCUCAGAGAGAUCAUGCACGAGCUCGGGAUCGGCAUCGACGGAGGAAAGGACUCCCUGUCCAUGUCUGCGAGGGUUCAGCAGGAGGUGGUCAAGAGCCCGGGAGAAAUCACCGUCUCCCUCUACUGCUCCUGCCCUGACGUCACGCUCACCGUCACCCCCGACCUUAAGAACCCCCCAGGUGCCGCUCUCCUCCUUGUCCAGCCCGCUGGCAGCAAAGCCAGGUGCGGAGGAUCCGUCUUUGCUCAGGUUCAUGGCCGCCUAGGCGACGAGCCGGCAGACUGCGAGGGGGAGGAGACAAAGAGGCUCAAGGCAGCCUUCAAGGUCACGCAGGAGCUGAUCGGAAAGCGGAUGAUCUCGGCCGGUCACGACAGGAGCGACGGAGGUCUCGCCUCUGCCGUCCUCGAGAUGGCGUUCGCUGGCAACUGCGGGGUGAGGCUGGACGUGGCGGGAGCAGCAGGCGCGACGACGCUCGCAGCCCUCUUCAACGAGGAGGUCGGACUGGUCAUGGAGGUGGCAGGAGAGUAUCUGAAUGCCGUCAUGCUCGCCUAUGCUGACGCCGGCGUUUCCUGCGUGCGCAUCGGAGAGCCGCUGGACCUGGACAAGGUCGAAAUCGUCGGAAAGAGCGGGAAGGUGGAGAUGGAGGACAGCAUGACGAGCCUGAGGGACUGCUGGGAGAGCACGAGCUUCGGGCUCGACAAGCUGCAGGCGAACCCAGACUGUGUUGAGGAGGAGGAGAAGUCGAUGAAGACGCGCAAGACGCCGCUCAUCCAUGCUACCAUCCUCAACCCGCAGCCGCAGUGGCAGCUCUCCUCCACUUCCCCCAAGGUCGCCAUCAUCCGCGAGGAAGGCAGCAACGGGGAUCGUGAGAUGAGCGCGGCCUUCCGCCUCGCUGGCUUCGAGCCCUGGGACGUGACCAUGUCUGACCUGGCGAGCAAGAGAGCCUCGCUCUCCUCCUUCCGCGGCCUCGCCUUUGUCGGCGGCUUCUCCUAUGCCGACGUGCUCGGAUCCGCCAAGGGCUGGGCAGCGACCGCCAUGUUCCACCCCGUGGCGUCGCAGGAGCUUCGCAGCUUCUACGAGAGGAGCGACACUUUCUCCCUGGGCGUCUGCAACGGCUGCCAGCUCGAGCACAGGCUGCAGUGGGUUCCGUUCGGCCCCGGGAAGGUGGCGGAGGAGGAGGCGCCGAGGCUGGAGCACAACAAGUCAGCUCGCUUCGAGUCGAGGUGGAUCAACGUCAAGAUCGAGAAGAGCAAGUGCAUGUGGUUCAAGGACAUGGAGGGGUCCCUGCUGGGGAUCUGGUCGGCUCAUGGUGAGGGGAGGUUCUCCUUCCCCAACGAGCAGCACUACCACCAGGUCGAGAAUGAUGGCCAGGUUGCCCUCCGCUUCGUCGACGAUGAUGGCCUGCCCACUGAGAGGUAUCCUUUCAACCCCAACGGCUCUCCCGGCGGCAUCGCCGGCCUCUGCACAAAGGACGGUCGCCAUCUCGCCAUGAUGCCUCACCCCGAGCGCUGCGUCCUCAAGUGGCAGAUCCCAUGGAUGCCAAGGGACUGGCAGCCAACUGGACCCCAGGCUGCCCCAUGGCUGCAGAUGUUCAUCAACGCAAGGAAGUUCGUGGAGGCGUCGUAAACUCCUCCUCCCCUCCAUACCAGCACAGAGAUCAUUUUAUCCUUGUAGAAAAGUUCGCAAGGCAUGUACAAGUGUUUG